GCACAUGCUAUCUUAAAUAGGUAGAAUCUAUGUUUUUUCUUCUUUAAGUUACAACUAGGAGGGCUAGCUAGUUUCUUUUGCAACUCCUUUAUUUCGCAACUUCUUUAUUUCUUCAAAUUGUUUAGCCUGUCCUAGUCGCUUUAACUAGUUUUUCCUUUUCUAGCCCAGCAAAGUGAUCUUUCCCUGUCCUAAUCGCUACCCAUUCUCAUGCUUUUGUGUCCUUUAUCAUUGUAGUCAACAAUAUUAGAGAGAUAAGCUUUACAUAAACAUUUUAAAAAAGAAAGUAUACGUCCACGUCUUCAUCUUCGUGCAUUGCCAUGCAAAACUGAUCAGUACCAUCAAAGCUCCCAUAUGUGAAUUGCAGAUUAGAAGCCCGGAACCUUGUUGGAGACUCUAAAAUAGCAGCUAAGUAUGGACUCGGACCCACCAUUUCAUGAAGCCUACAAGACCCUCUUCGACAAAAGAACCAUCGAAAAAAAGAUUACCCCAAAGAACGAGUGGGUUGUGAUGGUGGAGGAAUGUGAGCUUCCAUUGAUUGACCUUAGCCGUUUAGACCAUGGUGAUGAAGGUGAGAGAGAGGGGUGCAAGUUGGAGAUAGCUAGGGCUUCACAAGAGUGGGGUUUCUUCCAAGUUGUGAAUCAUGGGAUUUCCUGUGAGAUCUUGGAGAAGAUGAGGUUUAUGCAAGAGAGGGUGUUUAAGCAAUCCUUUGAUAUGAAGACCAAAGAAGACAAGUACCUGAAUUUUUCAGCUGGUACCUACCGUUGGGGCACACCUACAGCCACUUGCCUUAGGCAGUUGUCUUGGUCUGAAGCUUUCCACAUUCCUUUGCUCGAUAUUUCGACUUCACCACCUGCUGGUUCCGAUAGUCUCAGCUCAACAAUUGGACAGUUCGCCACAACAGUUUCUAGUCUAGCACAAAAAUUAGCUGAAAUUUUAGCUGAGAAAUUGGGUCACAAAUCCACUUUCUUCCAAGAACAUUGCUUGCCUAGCACUUGCUAUCUUCGAAUGAAUCGAUACCCACCAUGCCCAAUGCCUUCAGAGGUAUUUGGCCUAAUGCCACACACCGAUAGUGACUUCCUCACAAUAUUGCAUCAAGAUCAAGUUGGUGGGUUGCAAUUAGUGAAAGAUGGGAAAUGGAUUUCUGUUAAACCUAACCCAGAGGCUUUAAUUAUCAACAUUGGUGACUUAUUUCAGGCGUGGAGCAAUGAUGUGUAUAAGAGUGUACAACACAGAGUUGUCACCAAUUCUCUGGUGGAAAGGUUUUCCACCGCAUAUUUCUUUUGUCCUUCAUAUGACACUGUGAUACAUAGUUGUCACGAGCCUUCAGUCUACAGAAAAUUCAGCUUUAGAGAGUACAGGCAACAAGUCCAAGAGGAUGUUCAAAAAUUGGGAUCUAAAAUAGGCCUUCCUAGGUUUCUUGUUCAAAGCCAAUAAUAUACAUGAGUGUUAUCGUUUCCAUCGACUAUAUAGGCCUUGUUGUGAUUGUGAGAGAGAACAACGAGUGGGGGUGUUACAAGUGUAGUUCAAUUAGGGGGAAAAAAUAAGAAAGCUAUAGCAAUUUUCAGCAUUAUUGGAUGCUGGGUCAAUCAUUUGUAAUUGAUUACUAUAAUGCAAAAGAAAAUUUUUCGGA